GCAGCACAGUAUAGAAAAAAGGCAGACACAACAUACUGAACCUCUGUCACCAUGGGGAACUGGGCUGUCAACGAGGGGCUCUCCAUCUUUGUCAUUCUGGUGUGGCUGGGAAUGAACGUCUUCCUCUUUGUCUGGUACUACAGGGUUUAUGACAAUGGAGAAAAGUACUAUUACACUCGAAAACUUCUUGGGUCGGCUUUGGCCUUGGCCAGGGCCCCUGCAGCCUGCCUGAAUUUCAACUGCAUGCUGAUCCUGCUGCCUGUCUGCAGAAAUCUGCUCUCCUUCCUCAGGGGUUCCAGUGCGUGCUGCUCAACAAGAAUUCGAAGACAACUGGACAGAAACCUCACCUUUCAUAAAAUGGUGGCGUGGAUGAUAGCACUUCACACUGCAAUCCAUACCAUUGCACAUCUGUUCAACGUGGAGUGGUGUGUGAAUGCCCGAGUCAAGAACUCCGACCCUUAUUCAAUAGCACUCUCUGAAAUUGGAGACAAAGAGGGUGAAAAUUAUCUCAAUUUUGCUCGAGAAAAAAUUAAGAACCCUGAAGGAGGCCUGUAUGUGGCUGUGACUCGCUUGGCAGGCAUCACUGGAAUUGUCAUAACACUGUGUCUUAUCUUAAUUAUCACCUCCUCUACCAAAACCAUCCGGAGAUCUUACUUUGAAGUGUUUUGGUACACACACCAUCUCUUUGUGAUCUUCUUCAUUGGUCUUGCCAUCCACGGAGCUGAACGGAUUGUACGUGGAGAGACUGACAGGAGUUUGAAUUACACUAGGCAAAAUUCAUGUAAAGACAAUAUCACACAGUGGGGAAAACCAGGCUGUCCAGUUCCGGACUUCGCUGGGAAUCCUCCUAUGACUUGGAAAUGGAUAGUGGGUCCCAUGUUCCUGUAUCUCUGUGAGCGGUUGGUCCGGUUUUGGCGAUCUCAGCAGAAGGUUGUCAUCACCAAGGUGGUCACUCACCCUUUCAAAACCAUCGAGCUACAGAUGAAGAAGAAGGGAUUCAAGAUGGAGGUGGGUCAGUACAUUUUUGUCAAGUGCCCCAAGGUGUCCAAGCUGGAGUGGCACCCUUUCACACUGACCUCCGCCCCUGAGGAAGACUUCUUUAGCAUCCACAUCCGCAUCGUUGGGGACUGGACAGAGGGACUAUUCAAUGCUUGUGGCUGUGAUAAGCAGGAGUUUCAAGAUGCCUGGAAACUACCUAAGAUAGCUGUUGAUGGACCCUUCGGUACAGCCAGUGAAGACGUGUUCAGCUAUGAGGUGGUGAUGUUGGUGGGAGCAGGGAUUGGGGUCACGCCCUUCGCAUCCAUUCUCAAGUCAGUCUGGUACAAAUACUGCAAUAAUGCCACCAAUCUGAGGCUCAAAAAGAUCUACUUCUACUGGCUGUGCCGGGAUACUCAUGCUUUUGAGUGGUUUGCAGACCUGCUGCAGCUGCUGGAGUCCCAGAUGCAGGAGAGGAACAAUGCCGAUUUCCUCAGCUACAACAUCUACCUCACUGGCUGGGAUGAGUCUCAGGCCAAUCACUUUGCUGUGCACCAUGAUGAGGAGAAAGAUGUGAUUACAGGCUUGAAGCAAAAGACUUUGUAUGGACGGCCCAACUGGGAUAAUGAGUUCAAAACAAUUGCGAGUCAACAUCCUAAUACCAGAAUAGGAGUGUUCCUCUGUGGUCCUGAAGCCUUGGCUGAAACCCUCAACAAACAGUGCAUCUCCAACUCUGACUCUGGCCCUCGGGGAGUGCAUUUCAUUUUCAACAAGGAAAACUUCUAACUCUCCAUGAGGAAACAAAUAUAGGUUAUUCUGGAUCAGAUGCCCAAAUAAUGUUGGUUGGAUGUAAGCUCCCUCCUCUUAAAAAAAAAAAAGGAGGAAAAGAAACUAUAAUGUAAUGGAUUCCAUGAAAGGAAUAUCAAUGCUUGUUUGCGAGUGAGAAGUUACAUUUUUACGGCGCUUUAGGGUUUGAAAAGUACUUUUACAAACAUUAUUUCAUCUCUUUCUUCCCAUAUUGUCAGAGGGAGGUGGGACAAUGAUACCUGACUCAUUUUUAGGCUAAAACAAUGGGGCCUUGAAAGGGUCCAAUAUGUUCCUUAGGAUUAUGGACCAGGGGAGCCAGCGAAGAGUAUGGUCAGUGCCUUUUCUCCUCAUCCAUCUGCAGAAACUGGAUCUAGGCCAUAUGACUCCAAAUUUGGGAACCUUCCCACAACACCAGGCUGCCUCAAAAGUCAAUUUUUAUACUCCUCCAAAGAAACAGCAAACCAAUCCUUUCCCUUUUGUGUCAUCUUUUUAAAAAAAUCAUUAUUGCCAUAUUGAAAAUUUUCCAGUUAGCUGGGGAAUGAUAUAUGCUGAGAGUGAUUUAACACUUCCUAGUGACAGUUUUGACAUCUCAGCAUAUUCCAGCUUUCCAACACAGCAGCCUAAUUGAAUCAGAGAUUCAUCCUACAAAUGAAUAUUGCAGAGAUUGAAGUUAAUCAAGUAUUUAGCAUUUACCAUGGUGCUUGGCAGAGAGUGGAUACUCAAGAACAGUUUGUUGAAUGAAUGAAUGAAUUAAAAGACAUUAAGAACUGGGCAAUGUCAGAGUAGAACUAAUAGAAGGACUUACACAAAAUUCCCUAAGGAAAUAACUUCUGUUACUCUUAGGGAGCAAAGGAUGCUGGUUCUCCUGAGGGUAGAGAACAGACUAAGGAUACUAACCAGUAAAUGGCCUGGAGAGUUCCUUAGGCUACUACUUGAAGCAAGGAAUGAGAAAUGGAGGCAGAGAACUGAUCUCUUGCCUUAACUCAACCUGGCUUCUCUAGGUUCCUAUCCUAUGAAAGAAGAUUUACUGAUAGAAAUAUUCUCCUCCAGUCAACCUUCGUGAAUUUCAAACUUGAAAUUUGUGACAAAUAUGUAUUUGAUAAUAUGCAUCUUAAAUACAGCCCACCCCUUGUUCUAUUUUUACACACACACACACACACACACACACAUGCACACACCAAUGGAUCUUAUGUGUGUGACUAAUGGUUUAUUUUUAUUGUAUCAUCAUCAUCUCCUCCUCCCCCUCCUUCUCCCCGUCCUCCUCCUCCUCUUCUUCUUUCUUUUCCUCUUCCUAAAAUGUACAUCCUACAAACUAAAAUCCCCAGUUAACUGUGUAGAUAUUGAAUUCGCACCCAAUAGAAUGUUCUGGAUAUCCAUGAGUUCAAGAAAGAGGAUCUAAAUCACUGUUAGUAAGACCAGAGCCUUUUUAAAGAACUGCUCCCAUUUCUGGGAACUAAAAACUGCUUUAUUUACCCCACUUCCUGGGGCUGCAGAUAUUUAGAACUAUAUAGCUUUGGUAAUGAGGAAGAAAGAGAAGAAAGCAGGGGGAGGGGAAAAAAAAGAAUUCCUUAAGGGUGAGGAAGAGAACAGGUGAAUGAGAAAAAUAAAACAACAACAACAAAACAAAA